AGUUUUUCUAUUAUGCCUAAUAUGAUUUAAAUCAUAAUAAAUUAAUAAACACUUUAAAUCACACUAAUGAUCAGCAAGGCAAGAUCUAUUAUGUAAGUCAAAGAAACUGAACAGACUAAAAGAUCAGUUAUACAAGAUCAACAAAAUAAAGAUUUUUGUCAUGAAGUCAGAGUAUUCUUGUCUUCAUGUUGGAGAGUGUACUUAAUGUUUGAUUUGCCUAUAGACCAAGGUGAGCAACUUGGGUGCUUUAGAGCCUCUAGUUACAUUUACUCAAAACUCCUGGCCUGCUUUUUUUCAUAUUUCAUCCUAUCCCCUCACCCUGGAAAUUAAAUGGUAGCUCCUUAAUCACACACAACUGUCAAAUUCAAUGUAAUAUUUUUUUUCUGCCCCUUUAUGGAUAUAUUGUAUAUUGAUUGAUGUUUUAAUCUGUUCAUUAAUUUUUCGAUUCAGAUUAUGAAAAUAUCACAGAUACAUGUAUGAUGGAAAUGAAUAGUCCUGAUGAAAGUGAUAAUGGUGAAGAUUAUGAAAAUAUCACAGAUACAUGUAUGAUGGAAAUGAAUAGUCCUGAUGAAAGUGAUAAUGGUGAAGACAGCAAUCAAGAUACAGAUGAUUCUGAGUUAGAAUGUGAGUCAGGAGAUGAAGUUGCUGAAAAUAUUGAACCUUCAGCACAUAGAAAAAGAGGAAGACCAUUUGGGUCUUCUGUUGACCGUCAUAUGAACUAUCCUGGAGAUGAAACAAUGGAAACUCCUGUGAGAAAAAAAAGAAGAAGCCUGAAAGCACUGACUUCUUUCACAUACAUGGUGUGCUGUUCAAUGCUUUGCAUAUCAGGAUUGGACAUUAUGACCGCAGAGACUGUUCGAAAUAAUUUUCAAUCCCUGUCUACAAAUGAAAAAAGUCAGUUCAUUCUGAAUUGGCUACAAAGCCAUUCUAGGAUCAAUGAGCUUACUUGCAAGUAUGAGUUCAAGUACCUGAUAGGUACAUCUUCAGUGUGUCUAUCAGCCUUUCUACUGGUUCUUGGAAUCCCUAAAUCAACGUACUAUAGUAUUCAGAAAAAGUUUUAUGAUGGAUCAGUUGUUAUCAAUAAAAUUGGUAAUCGUCUUGGUAGAAUGAAAGCUUCUAGCCAAAGUGCAAUGACAUGGUUGCAUAUGUAUGCCAUCCAAUUUGGUGAGAAAUUACCCAACCAGGAAAAAAUACACCUACCACCAUGUGUGACCAAAAAGUCAAUUUACAGUGAGAUGGUUGAAUACCAACAUGACAAGGGGGAACCAGAAGUUAUUUCCAUGUCACAUUUUAUGUUACUCUGGAGAACAUGUAUGUGUCAUAUUGCCAUCCCUAAGGUAUCAAGAUUUUCCAAAUGCAAUAAAUGCAUUAAAAUAAAGACAAAACUUUCAUCAACCAGAAACAAGACAAGAAAGCAAGAACUACAAAGAAGGAGAGAAAAACACCUAAAACAACAAAACAUGGAAAGAAGGAAAUAUUACAAGCAUAUUCAGAAGGCUAAAGAACAACAGGAAAAAUAUUUAUCUGUUAUAAUUGACUCAAUGGACCAAAGCAAAACUCAGCUUCCACACUUCCUGUAUAAAUCAAAGUUUACAGGUAAUAUGUGGAAGCUGAGAGUCCACUUAAUUGGGGUAUUGCUUCACGGAAUCAGUACUUAUGGAUUUUUUGACCUAUUUGAAUACCCACACUCAGCGAAUUUAACCAUCUCAACCUUGAUAAACAUUUUGGCAGGUUUGGAAGACAUCCCACCAGUCCUUUACUUGCAAAUGGACAAUUGUUACAGGGAAAAUAAGAACAGAUUUGUCUUUGGAUUCCUUUCACUGUUAGUAGAGCUUGGUGUUUUCAAAAAAGUUAAAGUAUCAUUCCUUAUGGUAGGACAUACCCAUGAAGACGUUGACCAGGUAUUUUCAAGAUUUUCUUCCUGGUUGGCAAGACAGGCAGUUCUGACACUGCCCAAACUCAUGAGAGCUUUUGAGUUCUGCACUACUCCAAAUCCAGUGUCUGUUCAAACAUCAAAAGUGUGGGAUGUAGCUGGUUGGAUAACUCAGUAUCUGAACAAAAUGUGUAACCAUUCUUACCCCCACAUAUUUAAAAUAAUCAAGAAAGAUGGGAAAACAAGACUGUUUUACAAAAAAUGGUCAACUGACAAGACUUGGCAAGAACCAGAGGAACAACUUCUUCUUGGUGUUCCCCAGGACUCUCCAACAAUUAUCAUCCCCAACUACAACAAAAUAGACCUGACAAAGUUAAAGAAUGAUAUCAUUGGUUCAUUUUCAUACUUCAAGAGAGAGGAAGAUAAAAAGUGGUGGAAUGAUUUUUUCACAGAUCUUUCUAGUAAUGAAUCUCCCGAAGAAGCAGUGUGGCCGUUGACUGAGUUGAUUGAGAAAGCCAAGGAAAGAGAUUUGAAAGAAACCUCUAACAUUAGAGAGUUGAGUGAUUCAGAGUUAAGUGAUGUGUCAGAUGAAGAUGAACCAAUUCCUCAGCUUGUUGUUGGAAAAAAGAAAUCUGAUAGCCGAGGUGAUAACAAUACAAUUACCGUAAGCAUAGGGGAGAUGGUCCUUCUAAACCUAGUGGAAUAUAAGAAGGAGUGGCCUCAAGUUGCCCAAGUCAUUGAUUUUGAUGAGGAGACCUGCAUGAUACAUUGGUACAGAGGUUCCAAAACAAAACCAUGGAAGCCAUGUAGUAGAAUGAUACAAGGGAAAAAAGGAAAACGGGAAGCAUGGACACAGAAAAUCAGCAAAACAGAAAUCAUGAGGAACAGCUUUUGUUUAACAAAGGGGGGUUUCUUACCUAAAAAUGUAAAAGAGUUUUGUAAAAGUCAUGAACUUCAAGUCAAAAUUUAAGAAUUAUCAAUGCUAAAUAUUAUUAUUUAAUAUGCAUAUGUACUUAAAACACCCUUUUUUUAGACCAAAACACAAAAUUGGAAAAAAACACUUAUUUGAAUUUAUGGAAGUUUAUCAAUAUUAUUAAAAAAUAAAUUUUUGCAAACAACAUGAACAAUAACUUUAGAAACCAGCAUACCUUAUAAAUUAACUUUAGAGAUUAAGCUUAUAUAUUACGUGUCCUGCAUUUUACCCUCCCAAUUGUAUAGGGAGUUCUUGUCUGUUGAAGACCCAUUGGUUGCCUUGAGUUGUUUAUACAUUUUGGUUGGGUUGCUGUCUCUUAGACAUA